GGGCAGUAGCCCGCUCCGUCCCGGAAAAAGGCGAAGCGGAGCAGGGUGGGCCUUGUCGCCUAGCGCUUCCCCCGCCUCGUCUCCUCCGCUGACCGCUUCAUGCGGCUUCCCCGCGGCUUCCUGCGCUUCGCGCCCCGCCCGUCGCCGAGGUGCCGAGCCGCGAGGGCCUAUAAAUACGGCAACCCGGCAGCUCACUGUCUCCGCAUCUUACUCGCUCCGCGCUCCUCGGCUUCCAGCGGUUCCAGCCCGCUGGCCACAGAGACGACCUGGUGGUGGUGGAAGCCCGCGAGUGCGUGAGUGCGCCGAUCAUCCAAUCCAAGCAGCGAGCGCGCGGCCACACGCCUCACGCUUGGGUUCAGUAUGACGCUGGACAUCCCCGCCGCCGUGGUCCUGGAGCUGAUGACCAUGGGGCAGCAGUCCGCGGCGCACCUCGGGGACCUGCUCCGGGCCGCGUCCCCGGCGUCGCCGCACCAGGAGCUCGCCGCCGAGAUCCUCCGCUGCUGCGGCCGCGUCAUCGACGCGCUCAGGGCCACCAGCGGCGGCCGCAAGAGGAAGGCGCCCGAGUACCAAGCGGAGGCAGCGCCGCCGCCCAAAAGAAGGGGCCGCGGCGCGGAGGCCGUCAAGGAGGUGGUGACGAGCGGCACGACGGUGGACGGCUUCAUCUGGCGGAAGUACGGGCAGAAGGACAUCAACGGGCGCAAGCACCCGAGGCUCUACUACCGCUGCGCGCACAGGCAGCAGGGCUGCAACGCCACCCGGCGGGUGCAGCGGACGCGGGACCAGCCGGCGGCGUACGAGAUCGCCUACUACGGCGAGCACACGUGCCGGGGCGCCGCCGCGUGCCACCCGCAGGGAGCGGCGCCGCCGCCCGCCGUCGUCGACUUCGGCUCCAACUCCUGGGGGUCCGCCGACGCGGGCAGGGGCGGCUCGCCGGCGGCGUCCAUGUCGCAGGGACAGCAGGGAGGCUGGUCGCCGUCGUCGGUCUCGGCGUCGCCCUCGUCGGAGGUGGGGCUCGAGCUCGAGGGCGCCCACGCGCACGAGUGGGAGUGGCACGACGCGGCGACGGUCGACGAGCUGAUCGGCGCGGCUCCCCGCUACGGUCCGGAUCCGGUGACGGAGUUCCUGGACGGGUGCCUCGGCUGGGAGGCCGUCCUCAACGACCCCCUCGACCUCGCUGGUCUCCAUCACGUUGCUACGUUUCAGUAGCUCCAUCACAUAGCUGUGCCCAAUCUGGGCAGGACAGUAGAUUUGGAUGUGUCGUCGCCAUCGCCGUCGCUGUAGUAGAACGCCCGACCGAGCAGUAAUGAGUGGCAACCCCACGAGGGUCAAACUGAAGAGUCUCUCUCAGGCUCUGUUGGUGAGUAGAGCCAAAGCACACCAGUAAUAGUAUCUUGUUUCGGCAGAGGGAUUUCAUUUGACCAACGGGGUAUCACGCGGACAUGUUAAUACAGAAAUACGUAUACGUAUGGAAUACAUUCUUUUUCAUAAAAGAACAAACAGGAAUGGUUGAACA